AAGAGGAAGACCAAAGGAGGUUGUGCUCCUGGAAAUUACAAAGAAGAAGGGUAGCGAUUUGAGUGAUGAGCAAACAAGAAAAAAGAGAGGAAGGCCAAAGAAGGUGGUUCUACUGGAAAACAUACAGAAGAGGAAUGAUGUGAGUGAAGUGGAGGUGGAGAAGAAAAGGUGUCAUCAGUGUACGAACGGUAGAGAGGAAUAUGUUUGUUGCGGAAAAUGCAAAGUGAAAGUAUAUUGCUUGCGUUGCAUUCAGAGUUGGUAUCCGAAAUAUUCGGCUGAAGCAAUUGCAGAUUCUUGCCCAUUUUGUCGUGGAAACUGCAAUUGCAAAGCAUGCUUGCGGUCAUUCAAAGUGCUUAAGAAUUUAAAGAGACAAGGAAUGGAGAUGGAUGCAGACGAGAAGCUUAACUGCUGUAAAUAUAUGUUACGAGCUCUAUUACCCAUCCUGAAACUAAUUCAUGAAGAACAAGAUAUGGAAAGAGUAGCGGAGGCAAAUAUACAAGGAGUAAGAGUUCCAGAUUUGGAGAUAAAACAGACUUCUUGUGAACCAGAUGACCGUUUCUACUGUAACAACUGCAGUACUUCAAUUGUCGAUUUUUAUCGGAGCUGCACACACUGUUCUUAUGAUCUAUGCCUGAAUUGCUGUCGUGAAAUCCGUGGUGGUUCUUUACAAGGAGAUUGUCGAGAAUUAAUUACGAAGCAUGGCGACAAACAAGAAUCUGGGUGGCAAAUGGGGAGUAAUGGUAGCAUCCCUUGCUUGUCUAAAGAAGUCGAUGCUUGCGAUUCUGGUCAUCUAGAGCUGAAGCAUAUUCUUCCAGAAAACUGGGUUUCAGAGCUGAAGCAGAAAGCAGAAGAACUAGCAGAGAAAUACAAACUCUUAGAUGUUCCUGCAACCCCUGCACAUAAAUGCUCCUGUUUCAAUUCUGCCGGCUCUAUUGACUUGGAAAACAGUAAUUUGCGGAUAUCAUCUUGUCGUGAAGAUUAUGAUGACAAUCAUCUGUACUGUCCAUCAGGUAGUGAUAUGCAGCAUGGGGACAUGGAGCACUUUCAAAAGCAUUGGAUGAAAGGUGAGCCGGUAAUUGUCCGGAAUGUUGUGGAUCUUACGGAUGGCCUGAGCUGGGAGCCAAUGGUUAUGUGGCGUGCAUUGCGCCAGGUAACAAACCCCAGCAAGUCCAAGGAUCCAUCGUCCUUAACAGCAAAGGCCAUCGAAUGCCUGAAUUGGUGUGAGAUUAAUCUGAAAGAAUUUUUCAGAGGCUAUUCAGAAGGUCGGAGACACCUCAACUCUUGGCCUGAGAUGCUCAAACUGAUGGAUUGGCCACCAUCGAAUUUCUUGGAGGAACGCUUGCCACGCCAUGGUGCUGAAUUCAUUAGUUCCUUGCCAUAUCAGGGGUACACAAACCCGAAGAGUGGAUUUCUUAAUCUUGCAACAAAAUUGCCAGAGGAUGCUGUGAAGCCGGACUUGGGGCCCAAGGCAUACAUUGCUUAUGGGUAUGGCGAAGAACUCGGCCGUGGUGAUUCUGUAACAAAACUUCAUUGCGACUUGUCUGAUGCGGUGAAUGUCUUGAUGCAUACUGGGGAAGUUUCUCUUGAUGCUCGACAACGUUCUGCUAUGAAGGCUUUGAAAAAGACAUACAAGGCCCUAGAUGAAAAAGAGCUUUUUGUGACUUCUCCCGAGUCAAAUUUUGAAGCAUCUAUAUCUGAGAAUGGUGGGUCAUGUGCUGCUCCUUCAAACCAUGAACAAACUAAGUCUGACCUUAAUCGUGGAGAAGAAGAGUCUUGUAUUGUCGGCUGUGGCCCAGCUACCAGUGGUUUGGGUGUAACACAAAAGGAUGCAUGUGAAGUUCAGGCGGUGGACAGUUUGGAUCUUAAUAUGGAUGUUAAUCUCCAAGUAGACGACAACCUGGCUUCAUUGGAGACAAAUGAAGUGGAAAUGUGCAUGGUUCAUUCUAGAAAUAAGGUUUCGGAUACGAAAGAUCAUGCAGACCAACAACAUGGGGAAGCUGAGGUCAACAAUAAUGAGAACAAGUUGAGUGAAGAACAGAGUAACCUUGAUGGCUUGGAGAAGAGUAAUGGUGGUGCUCUUUGGGAUAUCUUCCGCAGGCAAGAUGUUCCAAAACUUCAGGAAUAUCUUAGAAACCAUUCCAAAGAGUUCAGGCACAUAAAUGGUUCUCCUGUAGAAAAGGUUAUUCAUCCAAUUUAUGACCAGACUUUUUAUCUCAGUGCAAAGCAUAAGAGGGCGCUCAAGGAGGAAUUCGGUAUUGAACCUUGGACUUUCGUACAAGAACUUGGAGAGGCAGUAUUAAUCCCAGCAGGCUGCCUUCAUCAAGUAAGAAACCUCAAGUCAUGUCUUAAGGUUGCAGUCGACUUUGUCUCACCAGAAAAUGUCUUAGAAUGUGUGAGGUUAACUGAGGAUUUCCGUUUACUACCCAAGGGCCAUAAGGGAAAUGAAGACAAGCUGGAGGUAAAGAAGAUGACCCUCCAUACUAUCAGCCAAGUUGUGAAUGAACUGGAGCAGUUGAUCAAGUCUGAGGAUACUAAGAGCACUCUAUCUGAUCCAGAUCCCAAACUAAAUCCUCUGACAAUUGAAAUGCCAUAGAACAGAAAUGUACUGAAGAUACAGGGAUACCUCAUUUUUUGUGUAGAUUUUUUUUUUAUGUAGACAGUCGUCCUGUUGAAAGGUGAACGGCACCAAAUGGCUGCAAACAACAUACAUACCACCACAACAUCAGCAACAGUAUGAUCCAUUCUUGAUUUUGUGAAUCUUAACCUAGAUCAGGUUACAAUUUUAUACUCCCAUUUUUUUGUGACAGUCAAUUACUGCCUCAUCUCCUCCCUCUGCUUGUAGCAGGCUGAGGUUGUGACUUGUGGGUGUUGUUUUGUCAACUAUAUUUUGUUACCAAUUCGAAGAUAGAUAGAUGAAGAUAGAUUUAUAUUGAUUGACGGAGAAAGAGAGAUACAAUGUACACGAGUAUCUUCAGUCAUUGAUUAGACAUCCUUUAACUGUAAUUUUUGUUAGAUCCUGGAUUUUGAAUACGAAGGCCUGUCAUAGAAAAGUGGCAUUUUUUU